AUGCUUAAGGUGGUGGGAAUGUUUUAGAUUAAAAUCUAAUAAGGCAAAAAAACUGUAUUUUAUGGUUAUUGUGUUUUUGUUUCUUGUUCUGCACAAUAUAUUUAUAAGCAUUAUGGUAAAUUUGAAUUUAAAUUAAUAAGUAUGAUACCAGGAGUUUAAGUAUGUUCAAUGAAUGGAAUAGAAGCUCCUGUGCCUUUUUAGCAAAGUAUUAUUGCAUAUUACUUUUUUACUUUAUUGUUUCUCUACACAAUAUAUUACGCAUUGGAAAAUGUGAAACAUUCAAUAGUUGUUUUUGUUAGAUGGCCUCUAUUGCUUUAUUCCUUAGCUGCUAUUAUAAUAGGAGUUGUUUCAAUAAUUUAAUCAUACAGUCUUACUACAAGUGAUAUCCAAGAAGGCUGGAAUAAAAUGACUUAAUGGAGAAAUUCAUCAAAUAAUUUAUUAGAUGAGAAUAAGAGAAAUCUGAUACUAAUAAGCAUUUAUCAUUUUAUUUAUGGGUUUGUGUUUAUAAUACUUUUCGGAUUACUAUUUAAUUACUAAACAAUUAUGCCUUAAAAUUGGAGACCUCCUUUCUCAUCUAGACCACUCAUGAAAUCAGCUUUAAUUUAUAGAGAAGGAAUGGUUGAUUAAGUAUAAUAACCAAAAUAGGAUGACGAAGAAAACUAAGAAAAAUAAUAGGAUAAGCCUUUUCAGAAUUAAAAUUAGAGUGAAAUUAGAUAGCCACAAUAGCCAGUGGAUUAGUAACCUUCCACAAUAUUUCAAAAGAAGAACACUGGUCGCAGAGUCUUUGGAAAGCAAGUUCAAAAUUCCCAAGUUUAAUAAUAAUCAUAAUAAUAAUCACAAUUAUAACAAUCAUAAAUACCCCCUCAACCAAAUUCAAAACAGGAUUAGCCAGAUGACGAAGCUAAUUAAUAGCCAUUUUGA